UCUUCCUCAAGUCCUGAUGCAUCUAAUGGCAGAUCAUUCCUGAGUACAGAUUAAGUAGAGGAAUCUACAAAGGAUGAUGAUAAGAAUGAUUCUGAAGCAGAAAAACAAAACAGCAUAAAGAGGGAUCUUAUUCUGAUGGCACAUCCACUGCAAUUCCACAGCAAUGGGCCCCCUGUCUGUUUCACCUCAGACAGAAGGACUCCCAGGCCAAGGCCACCUCCUCUUGGACGACCACCUGCUCCACUUUUAUGGCCUUCUAGGCCACCAACAGGCUUCUCUUCUGGGCUUCUCCAGGAGCUCAUUCAUUUGACAGUGACCAGAAUGCCAAGACUGUGAGGGUCUUUACUCUUAACUUUUACCUCCAGGGCCACCAGCAGACUGCCCCUAUGGCCCUUUCCCAAGACCACUCCAGGUCUGCCUCCUGGUCCUCUUUUUCAAGACCCCCCCCCCAAGACUACCUUCCCCUGUACCUCCAAGAAGUAUCCUUUCACUUUGUCCUGGCAAGAUGCAACCACCUUUGGUGCUUUUACUUGGACCUGCCCCAUCUGAGCUUUUCCGACCAGCUCCCUCUGCUGAACUCUGGUGGGUUUACUUGCCCCAUCUACUUGGUUCAGCUACCCAAGAUGGAUGAUAUGAGCACAGCCACCAUUGAGAAGAAAGCCACAGCAACCUUCAGUGCCAAGCCACAUGGUCCCAAGACAGAUUCCUCGAUUGGUGCCCACUGUACUGAGGGACGUCGGGAGAACAAAGGGACUACUGCUACUACCCACAAAAAGUCAGAGGAUGAGUCUUCUGUGCCUCCAAAGCAGCCCCCAAAUUUGGCGCUUCUGUUCUUUUCUGAGUACAUGCUAAGGAUGAUGUUUAUGAAGCUUUCAUGAAAGAGAUG